CAUUGCAAUUUCGAAAUAUGAAAUAUUAUGAGGAACUCCCGAAGCUUUGCUGUUUACAGUGUAGCUAUGUGAUCGUUUGUCCUCUUAGCAGUUGAUUAAUAAAAUAACAAAAACAUUUUAUUCAAAAUUUACAUUUGUGCAAUAUUAGCUAUAGCCUAAAGAAGAGCACUUCCUUUAACUCUAUUCACGAUCUCACCACAGACCAAAGUAUUAAUAAAUGAAGCUCUCUACAUUGCACAAUGGGUCUCUUAUUUACAUUUUGUAUAAAUUUUGAGAGAAUUUGCGAGCAUGCAGAACUCUUUAGUCUUAAAAAAUCCAGUGUUUUGAACAGCAAUGGCCAAUCAGAGAUGUUCAAGAAAUCAACAUGUGUGAUUGGCAACAUCGCUCAACGCUACAAAAACAUUUUGUGAAAAGAGAUUUUUGACAGUCUUCAGAGCACAAACACAAAUACUCACUGGAGAGGUUGCCAAAACUGUAUUAUUAACUGAACUGCUCUUGCAUUAAUUUGAGAUAAAAUCGACGUGAGGCCGCCCCUUAAUUACUGUUACUGCUACAAAUAUGGCGCUCUCUCACCUCACACAGCGAAAAAUACAUCGCGGAGCAAAGAGGACACUGCAGACAACACGACAGGUUACUUGUGGAAGGAAAACAAACAAACAGGAAGAGCUAGAGAGAGCCAGCAUGUCUAAAGCCGGACUAAUGCCUUCGCCCAUAUGUUUGGUGGAGAAUGUGAACGGAUCACUCAGUGUCUGUAAGGAUGCCAUUGAGUUCCUGAGUAGGAUCAGUGAGCCGGUGGUGGUGGUGUCUGUGGUGGGACUCUACCGUACAGGGAAAUCUUACCUUAUGAACCGCCUGGCGGGACAACAGUCAGGCUUUGCUCUCGGCAAUACUAUCGAGUCGAAAACCAAAGGCAUCUGGAUGUGGUGUGUCUCGCACCCCUAUAAAGAAGGACACACUCUGGUGCUGCUGGAUACAGAGGGACUUGGUGAUGUGGCCAAAGGAGACUCUAAGAAUGACAGCUGGAUCUUCUGUCUGGCUGUUCUGCUCAGCAGCACUCUGGUGUACAACAGCCGGGGCACUAUUGAUAACACUGCAGUGGAAAAGCUGCAAUAUGUUGUUGAGCUCACUGAGCAGAUCAAGAUCAGAUCGACGAAUGCAGCAGAUGAGGAGGAAGAAGAGGAUUGUAAGUUUGUGCAGUUUUUCCCAUCAUUCACCUGGGUCGUGAGAGAUUUCACCUUGGAAUUGGUAAUUGAUGGAAAGAGGGUGACUGAGGACGAGUACCUUGAUUUUGCUCUCCAGCUCAAGAAAGGUGUGAGCAAGAAAGUCAGUGACUACAACCUGCCUCGUCAAUGCAUCCGAAACUAUUUCCCGUCCCCCAGGAAGUGUUUUGUGUUCCCUUCUCCAGCCUCACCUGAAAACAUGACACGUUUAGAAAGCUUGCAAGAACGGGACCUUGUACCCGAUUUUCUGAAGGUCACGGGAAGUUUUUGUGAUCACAUCUUUCACAAUAGUGUCGUGAAAACAGUGAAAGGAGGACACAGAGUUACUGGCAAAUUGCUUGGACAUCUGGUUGAGAUUUAUGUGGACACAAUCAACAGUGGUAAGGUGCCCUGUCUGGACAAUGCAGUUGUUGCUCUUGCAAAUCUACAGAACCAGACAGCUGUUCAAGAAGCUCUGAAAGCGUAUCAGAUUUGGAUGGAAAAGGUGAAGAACAAGUUCCCAGUAGGUGUGGAUGAUAUUUCCUCCGAGCACCAGAAGUUCAGCAGUCUGGCCACCGCUGAGUUUAUGAAACGCUCCUUUAAAGAUGAAAAAGGAGAAUACCUGAAAAAACUGAUGGAAGACAUAGAUAUGUACUAUGUAGGCCUGCUGCAAGAGAAUGAGAUGGCAUCAGAGAGAAAGUGCAGAGAUCUGCUGAAGAAUCUGUUCUCUGACAUGAAUAAACGGCUGCAGGAUGGAGAGUACAGUCAGGCUGGAGGAUAUGAACUCUACUGCAGAGACAGAGACGCCAUUGUUGAACAGUACCGCAGAGAACCCAAUAAAGGUGUAUCGGCCGAGGCUGUGCUGAAUGAGUUUCUGAAUGAGCGAGGACCAGAAGCAAACAGCAUCCUCCACAUGGACACAAAACUCACUGAAAAUGACAGAAAGAUUCAGGAGGGAAAGGAAAAGAAUGCUCUGAUGGAACAGAAGCUUAAAGAGGAAGAGGAGAAACGCAUUGAGAGUGAGCGAAUGAUGAAGGCAGAGAAAGAGCGGCAGGAGGACCAAAUGAGGCAGAUGCAGGAGAAGUUCAACAAGGAGAUGGAGCAGCAGCAGCAGGAGAUGGACAGAGCCAUUGAGAGCAAGCUGAAUGAGCGGGAGGAGAUGAUAAAGAAAGGCUUCAGUGAGAAAGCUGAUCUCCUGAAUGAAGAGAUAACAAAUCUAAAAAAAGAAAAGGGAAGUUCUGGUGGUUUCAUGAAGGACUAUGUGAUGCCUUUUUUUGGAGCUGUGGCAGAAAUCCUUCCAACUGUUCUUAAUUAUAGAGUGCUGAUGAAAGGACUCAAAAAAGUAAAAUGACCUUUUCCAGGCAAAUCACUGUUGCAUCACAGAUUGAUUGAUUUAUUCAUUUAGCUAACAAGACACAAAGUAGGCUUUUAUUUAGUAGGACUGUGUUUUGUUAACGAGUAGUGUCCUAAUUCACAUACUUAAUGUACUGUAUACUGUGUAAUAAAAGUAUGUACUGGUGGUGGUGGGAGUUUCAGAAUCUCACUGGAUUUAGUAGGUCGUCUGGGUACUUUUCACUACUGUUUUUCAAAUGCUAUUAAUUCUGAUAUACUAUCAGGCCCUUCCUAACGGAGCAUGCAGCACAACUUCUUGUCCAGGCCCUUGUCAUUUCUAGGCUGGACUGCUGCAAUACUCUUCUGGUUGGAUUUCCAUCAAACACAAUCAAACCUCUACAAAUGAUUCAGAAUGCAGCAGAAUCCACGUCACACCUCUCUUUAUCUCUCUGCACCAGCUUCUGGUUGCAGCUCGCAUGAAGUUCAAGACAUUGAUUCUUGCUUCUAGAACAGCGACAGGCUCAGCACCCUCCUACUUCCACUCACUUUUGAGAAUCUACUUCCCCUUCAGAUGUCUGAGAUAUACAAGUCAGCGACACCUCGUGGUGCCAUCACAGAGAGGCACAAAAUCACUUCCCUGAACAUUUUCGUUCACUGUUCCUGUCUGGUGGAAUGAUCUUCCCACAUCUAUCUGGAACCCCACCCCAAACAGUUAUUUAACCAAACUGAAUCAACAAUGAACUAACUUCAACUGAAUAAUUGAAUAUUUACUAUUGUCUUUUUUUAGAGCUGAAUUUUGGUUUGCAUCACUUGAAUCAUUUAUUUUCCUGUGAAGUUGCUUUGAAACAAUCUAUAUUGUAUGACGCUCUGUAUAAAUAAAGAUGACUCAACUCAA